AUGUCUAGAGAAGCACCAGAAAAGUCACCAGAGCCCGAGACGAAGGAGGAAAGACGACGAAGCACUCAUGAGGAGCCCGCGAAACGAUCUCACCACGAUGACAGCGAUCAUAAGCAUUCCAGACGAUCAAAAGAUGAUUCGAAAAAUGGAAAAAGCAACGGAGAAUCGUCGCACCGAACUUCGGAAAGGGAUCGCAAAAGAAGAGAUCGCAGUCGAUCGAGAACUCGGUCAAGAUCUCCAAAGCGUUCAAAACGCGACAAAAAAGAAGAGAAAGAUCAGGAAGAGGAGGAUGGAGAGAUCCGCGACACAACUCCACCAGUGGUCGAGAAGCCACGUGAGCUGACAGCUAGGGAGUUGGAGAGACAGAGAAUCAUUCAGGAGGAGUUGAAGAACGGAGAAGUCGACGAGGAUGGUGAUGAGCCGGUUUGGUCGAUGAAAAAGGCGCAGGCGGAGAAAAAGAGCCGGACGUGUCCUUAUUUGGAUACUAUUGAUAGAUCCGUCCUGGAUUUCGACUUCGAGAAGCAAUGUUCCGUGUCUCUCUCCCAUCAAAACGUGUACGCGUGCAUGGUGUGCGGAAAGUAUUUCCAGGGUCGUGGAACCAAUACCCACGCCUACACCCACGCUCUUGAAACCGAUCACCACGUCUUCUUGAACCUUCAAACGCUGAAAUUUUACUGUCUUCCUGACAAUUAUGAAGUCGUUGAUCCAUCGCUAGAAGACAUAAAGUACGUGUUGAAGCCGACGUAUACAAAAGAGAUGAUUGGAUCGAUUGAUAAGCAAGCGAGAAUGGUUCGAGCUCAGGAUGAUUCGACGUAUUUUCCGGGAGUGGUUGGAUUGAAUAAUAUCAAGGCUAAUGAUUAUUGCAAUGUUAUUCUUCAUGCGCUCUCCGCCGUCCGUCCUCUUCGAAAUUGGUUCCUCAAGGAAUCCAACUACUUGGCCGUCAAACGUCCUCCAGGAGACAAGCUCACACUUCUCCCACAGCGAUUCGGAGAGUUGAUCAGAAAGCUAUGGAAUCCGAGGGCUCUCCGAACCCACGUGUCUCCUCACGAAAUGCUCCAAGCCGUCGUUGUAUGCUCCAACAAGAAGUUUCAGUUCAUCAAGCAGAAUGAUGCUUAUGAUUUUAUGCUCUUCCUGUUGACAACACUUCAUGCGGCACUCAAUGGAUCUGAAAAGCGGGAGAGUAUCAUUUCGAAAACCUUCCGCGGUCGAAUGCGUGAAUAUUCCCGAAAAGUGAUUCCAGCAGAAGACACUGAAGAAGAGAAGUACCGUAAGAUGCACCUCCCAGAUUACCAGGAGAAGGUUUCCGAGAAGCCCUUCCUCUUCCUGACCCUCGAUCUCCCAGCAGCCCCACUCUACCGCGAUGUCCAACUUCAGAACAUCAUUCCACAAGUGCCAUUGAGCACACUUUUGGAGAAAUUCGAUGGAAAAACGGAGAAAGAAUACAGGACAUAUAAUGACAACAUUAUGAAGAGAUAUGAGCUUCUGAAGCUUCCAGAAUUCCUUAUCAUCUCGUAUAAGAGAUUCCAGAAGAAUCAAUGGUUUGUGGAGAAGAAUCCAACGAUCGUUAACUUCCCUAUCGCCAACGUGGAUCUCUAUGAGUGUUUGGCAGAGGAUGUGAGAGCGGAGCACAAGUAUACGACGUAUGAUUUGGUGGCGAAUGUGGUUCAUGAGGGAACGUUCGAGACGGGAAACUAUCGGAUUCAGAUUGUGCAUCAGGGUUCCGGAAAAUGGUUCGAGCUGGAAGACCUUCACGUCAAAGACAUGCUUCCCCAGAUGAUUGUGCUCGCCGAGUCGUACGUUCAAAUUUGGCGGCUGAAUAAGGAAAAAACGAGAGACGAGAGAGCAGAGGACGAUGGAGAAGGUCAAAUGGAGACGGCUUGA